UUCACUCUACACAGAGACCUCUACAGCACAUAGAUCCAGCCAUGGCACCUACAAUCACUUCAGCUGUGAACUACUCUAACGAACAACUGACUCUGAGCAACAAGCUAAGAAAGCCAGUGGUUGAAAAGUUACGCAGAGAUCGUAUCAACAACAGCAUUGAGCAGCUCAAGUCUCUCUUGGAUCCAGAGAUCCUCAACCAGCAGCCAGAUUUCAAACUGGAGAAAGCCGACAUCUUGGAGAUGACAAUUUGCUUAAUGAGACAACAGCAACAGAACCAGCCAGUGAGCGCCUCCUCCUGCUCAGCAGCUGUCAAUCAGGGUUACUCCAGGUGUGUCCAAGAGAUUGUGCACUUCCUGUCCAAGGAUGAGGUGAAGACACAGACCCAGAGACUGCUGAGCCAUUUCCAGAGCCUGCAGCCAUCCUCUGAUAAGAACAGGAGGGAGAGUGACCUGCCUCAGUUGAGCUCCCCAGACCAGCACAGCAUCAGCAAAGAGAAGAGUCCAGUCAACAGCGCUCUCUGGAGGCCCUGGUAGAGUCCUGCAGACUGGAGCUCCACUCAGACAAACACAAUGGACCAUGUUGGUCUAACAAUGUCAUGGACUGUGAUCAGAGAGCUUCAUCUUCUGCUUAAGCAGGUUGUUUUAAAAGUCGUGUUUCAAUUGAAACUUUUCAUUUCAGUUGUACUGAACAAGUUAAAAUGUUUUUACUAAGGAAAUGCUGAAAUCUACGAACACUGCAUUUGUGUAAUGUUAAUAACCUUUAUGUUUUGUGAAGCACAUGUUAUUCGUGAUAAACAACAACUUCAAUGGUCCAUUAACCCAAAAUGGGUAUUUUAUCAUCAAUCUUUUUGUGAUGAUCUAUUACCUAUCUGUUUAAACGUCAACACGUAUUCAACAAUAAUUAAUUUUGUUAAAACUACAUUUUUGUAGUUAUAUGGUGAUAUUGACAUUAUAUUGAGCAUCUUCUGUGAAGUAUGUAUCAGUAUUAGUUAGGCAUUUGUUAUUGAUCAACUUGAGCUACAUCAUCACUGAUCCUCCAUGAGGAUUACUUACCCAAACUGGGUAUUAUACCUGUUAUCAUCACUAUGUGAUUAGAAAUAAUUGAUCUGUUUUAAGAUCAGACUUUAUAUGUGAAAAUGUUGCUCAAAUUAUUAUUAUGAUGUUGAUGAAUUUACUUUAUAUGAGAGAAAAUGGUUCUCUCUCAUUAUAUAACCUCUUCUUUUUUUUUUUACUUGUGUAUUUUAUAAAAACAGUAACUGUGUAACCUAUAGUCUGUUGAGAUGUAUAAUCACUUUAUUUCUAUUGAAAUAUUUACCUUAAACUAAGGUAUUCGAUGAUGUGAUUCAGUGAGUCAGUCUGAAAAAAUACACAAAUCAUCAAAUUAAAUCCUCUUGUCUGUUACUUCAUUCUUCUCUUCACUGAACAAGCUUCCAAUAGAGUUAUAUUACUGAUUUACAUUACUAAUUUUUGAUAUUCCUUUGGAAAGUAUUCAGACCCCUUGACAUUUUCCACAUUUUGU